GGCCGCCUCCUCUCCUCUUUGCCCCUCCUCUCAGCCCGAGGGCCCCCUUUCUGAGCGAAGACGGGGGCCGCGCAACCUAACCUCGUCGAUGAGGCUGGGCCCCGCCUUUGCCGCUGAGGGGUGCACGGCGCUUAUUGGCUGUGGUGGCCUGUCGGUCAAUCCCUGACGGAGGAGGAGGGGAGGGGGCUGCCCUGCCCGGUUCGGGGUUUGGCUGCAGGUUGGGUUGCGCGGCAGCGGCAGCACCAGCGAGAGAAGCUGUGAGGUGGCGGAGGCGGCAGGGAAGAAGGAGGGAAAGAAAGCAUCAGUUGCCGGAGGGAAAGCAGAUCUCCACAUUCUUUGCCAUCUACCUAACAGGACUAUCCCAAGAACAGUGGAAAGAAAGGGUUUUCGGUGCUAGCUGGGCCUAGAACCGAUGGCAGACAAUGUCUACGACUAACAACAUAGCCCAGGCCAGGAAGCUGGUUGAGCAGCUGCGCAUUGAGGCUGGCAUCGAGAGGAUAAAGGUCUCCAAAGCAUCCUCCGAGUUAAUGAAUUAUUGCGAGCAGCAAGCCAGGAACGACCCUCUGCUGGUUGGCGUUCCUGCCUCCGAGAACCCCUUCAAGGACAAGAAGCCGUGCACCAUCCUAUAGCUUGGCUCUCGCCUGCAUGUCGACCCUCUCUCUCUCUCUCCGUCUCUCCCUCUCUCAGGCAAGGCGCUGGCCUGCUCCGAUCUAAAGCCGAGUCAAGCAAACUUUCAGCACCGUGCAGAGGGGUAAGGACUGAGAGCUCAGUCCAUAAAACUUCUCUUUAAAAAACAAAACAAAAAUCUUUAAAAGCGUUUGCAAAUCUGAGGUCCGCCUCCGAUCCCAAGAAGGGUUCCCAUUUUAAAAACGAAGCCAGUGUCCUCGAUAAAGAGAGGGAGGGCACCUGCUCUUUAAGAUAGCGCUGGUGUUUGGAAAGAUGGGGCCAAGCCUGGAUUCACAGCCACUGACUUCACUUUGACCUGGCCUCUGUCUUAAGAGACGAGACCAGUCAGGUGCACGUGCGUGCGUGUGUCUUAUUGUAUAAAACGAAUGUUUUCAAA